AUGUUGGAUUCGAGACAAGAGACAGAGACAACACAGCGAAAAAGAAAGAGAGGGAGGGAGAUCGAGAGAUGUGGUACUGGGCUGGACUCAACUAGUCGGUCCUGCGUGUCAACUACAUCUGAACCCACGGUUGGGAGUUCCAGAGACCAGUUCCAUGCAAGUCAAGUAGUCACUCCAUCUCGCUUUGACCGCGACCCAGGCCGUCUCUUGAGCCGUGUGCUGUCCGUUGGCAGAUCGGUCGAGAACACCUUCACCCCCGUCUAUCUGAGAUCCCUUGACAUCUUCGAGUUCGAGACCUCCUGA